AGCUACUUCGUUUGGCAUGCAAGUUUAUUCCUUAGCAAUUAAAAAUGGGUUCUAUACAAGUGGCUAUGUUCGGGCUGGAAUGAUAGAUUUGUUUGCGAAGAAUUUUACUUUUGAGGAUGCUUUGAGGGUAUUUGGUGAUGUUUCAUGUGAGAAUGUGGUUGUUUGGAAUUCUAUUAUAUCUGGGGCUGUGAGGAAUGGAGAUUACUGGAUUGCAUUGGAUCUGUUUCGCCAAAUGGGUCAUAGGUCUCUGGUUCCAAAUAGUUAUACAUUUUCAAGUGUUUUGUCGGCUUGUGCUAUGCUAAGGGAACUUGAGAUUGGGAAAAAAUUCAAGGAGUUGAUCAAGUGUGGUGCAAACGAUGUUUUUCUGGGGACUGCUGUUGUUGACUUGUAUGCUAAAUGUGGAGAUCCAGAUGAUGCUAAGAAAGAAUUCUGGCGGAUGCCAAUCCGAAAUGUGGUUUCUUGGACUGCUAUCAUUUCUGGCUUUGUGCAGAAGGGAGAUUCUUUCCUUGCCCUCAAAUUUUUUAAAGAAAUGAAAACAAGCGUGGAAAUAACAUCUAUACAGUUACAAGUGUCAUUAACCGCCUGCGCAAAACCAUGUAUGUUGAAAGAGGGAGAAGAGAUACAUUCAUGGAUUCUAAAAACUGGGUUCUAUAUGGAUCCAGUGGUAAUUGCUGCACUAAUCAAUAUGUACUCAAUAGGGUGUACUGGUUUAUCUGAGAAGGUUUUUGCAGAGAUGGAAGAUAGAGUGAGUCCAAGUAUAUGGACUGUUAUGAUAUCUUCUUUUGCUCUGAAUCAGAGCUCUCAAAAGGCAAUUGAAUUGCUACAAAGAAUGUUAUGGGAAGGUCUGAAACCUGAUGAGUUUUGUAUUUCUAGUGUUUUAAGUGUUAUAGACUCUUUAGAUUUGGGGAAACAAAUCCACUGCUGUGCUCUUAAAGCUGCAUUGAUUAAUGAUCUUUCUGUUGGUUGUUCUCUUUUGACAAUGUACUCUAAGUGUGGCAAUUUGGAGGACUCUUAUAAAGUGUUUGAGCUAAUUCCUAUCAGAGACAAUGCUUUAUGGGCCUCAAUGAUUGUUGGAUGUUCAGAACAUGGCUUUGUACAAUUAGCUUUUCAAUUAUUCAGGGAAAUGCUAGUUGAAGAAAUUAUGCCCGAUCAAAUUACUCUCUCUGCAAUCCUUAAAGCUUGCUUUUCUCUUCCUUAUCUGAAAAUGGGUAAGGAAAUUCAUGGGUAUGUUCUUCGUGCUGGAAUUGACAAAACACUUAUCGGUGGUGCACUUGUAAGCAUGUACUCAAAGUGCAGUGCACUAAAAUCAGCUAGGAGGGUACUUGACAUUCUACCUCUAAAAGAUAAGGUUUCAUGUGCUUCAUUAAUUUCAGGAUAUGCCGAAAAUGGCUUAAUUGAAGAUGCAGUCUUCUUGUUCUAUGAAAUGCUGACGUCUGAUUUAGCAGUUGACUCCUUCAUGCUUUCAUCUGUUCUAAGAGCUAUUUCUUUCUCAUACAAAUCAGGCCUUGGGACUCAACUGCAUGGCUACAUCAUGAAAUUGGGUUUAGACUCUGAAAUUUCUGUUGGAAGUUCGCUUGUUACAAUGUAUUCAAAAUCUGGAAGUGUUGAAGAUUGCUGUAAAGCAUUCCAACAGAUUGAUGAACCUGACCUAAUCGCUUGGACAGCUUUGAUAACAAGCUAUGCUCAAAAUGGAAAAGGGGCAGAGGCUUUGAGAAUCUUUGAGUUUAUGAAAAAUAAAGGAAUCAGACCUGAUUCAGUGACCUUUGUUGGGGUUUUAUCCGCUUGUAGCCAUAAUGGUUUGGUUGAGGAAGGAUAUUUCCAUUUUAAUUCAAUGGCCAAAGACUAUGGAAUCAAGCCUAAUAACCAUCACUAUGCUUGUAUGGUUGAUCUUCUUGGUCGCUCAGGGAGAUUAAAAGAGGCUGAGAAGUUCAUAAAAAACAUGCCCAUAGAACCUGAUGCUUUGUUAUGGGGAACAUUGCUUGCUGCUUGUAAAGUGCAUGGAGAUAUUGAACUUGGAAGGCUAGCAGCUGAGAAUGUUAUGAAGUUGGAUCCAAGUGAUGCUGGAGCUUAUGUUUCCUUGUCAAAUAUCUGUGCAGAAGUUGGCCAAUGGGAAGACGUCCUAAAAGUCAGGAGCCAGAUGAGGGGAACUGGAGUUGAAAAGGAACCUGGUUGGAGUCUUACGUGAAAUGAAUCUGAGAACUGAAAGGUAGGAGAGAAUUCAAAUUUGUGCAGCGAAAUAUUUUAUGAACUUAGCACCUCCGCAGUCCUGCAGGUUAUUAAUCCCCAGUUUUUCUUUACUUUAGUUUAUUGAUUCUUCAUGUAUAAAUUUGGAUUCUAAUGUGAAUUUUUGACCUGUAAGAUUAUUCGGGAACAAGUUCAUAUUAUAAGAGCAUGGAGCCUAUCUUA